AUGAAUAAUUUUAAUAGUUAUGAUAGUAAAAUAAUAAAUAAUUUCAACUAUGAUAAUAAAUAUAUAGCCAUUUUAAAUAUUGAAAAGUUUCAAAGUGAUAUUAAAAAUUUUUACAUUUACCACCAGAAAAAUGUCAAUAAUUCUGAAGAGCAAGAUUGGAAAAGAUUCAAUAAUUGUUUUAAAAGAAUGUUAGUUUUCAUGAGGAAAGUUUGUGAUUCAUUAUCACUUUCUUCAUUAGCAUAUCUUCAUUCAAUAUCAUUAUUAAAAAGAUUCUUAAAUAGGAAAUUUAUUUUUGAUUAUAAUCAAUAUUUUGUUUCAAUGACAUGCAUUUUAAUUUGUAUUAAAGUUAAUUCAUCAUCAAUAUUACCAAUGAAAGUUAGAGAUUUAUUAAAUGUGUCAUAUUAUAUUUUAACAAAUGAUAGAUUAUUACUAAAUGAUGACUAUUAUAAUUUUAAAGAUAAUAUUUUAUCAAUGGAACAAAAAAUUUUACAAAUAUUAUCCUAUGAUAUAUCAGUAUCUUUUAAAGAGAAUUUUGCUGGGAUUUAUAAUAAUAAUAAUAAUAAUAAUAAUAAUAAUAAUAAUAAUAAUAAUAAUAAUUGUGUUGGUAAAAUCAUUGAUGAAGCACCACCAUAUCUAUUUCAUUUUCUUUAUUUUUUGGAUUGUGAAAAGAAUCAUGUUUUAUCUCAAAUUUCAUUCAACUUUUUAAGUGAUUCUUCUUUAAUACCAUUCAUUGAAUCUCCAUUUUUCAAAGCACCAGAGAUAGCUCUCUUUUGUAUAUUAUUAGCAUUUGAAUACACAAAAAUUGAUUUACCAUUAUCAAGAAAUAAUUUAUUUUUAAUAUUAGGUUUAAAAAUAAAUAAUAAUAAUAAUAAUAAUAAUAAUAAUAAUAAUAAUAAUAAUAAUAAUAAUAAUAAUAAUAAUAAUAAUAAUAAUACAGAUUUAAAUGACCAAAAAUAUGAAAUUUUCAAAAAUUAUUUACACUCACUUUAUAUAGAUUUUAAAAAUAAUGGUGAAAUUCAUUACAAUAAUAAUGGUAAAGAAGAAGAAGAAUAUAAUUAUAAGCUAAUAUCUGAUUUUUUUAAAAAAGAAAAUAAAAAGGAUUAA